CGCCUGUCGGUCCCCGCGCUCUGGGGAGGGGGCGCCGCGGGGCUGCGGUCCUUCUGCAGAGGGCUGCUCGCUGCCGGUGCGAGCGUGGCUUCCCGAUUGCCCCGGCGUCCGGCCCUGCGUCGGUCAGGGACCCGGUGGUUGCUCCUUAAAUAAAACAAAAAUCUAUCCAGUAAAAGGGCUGUCAUGAAGAAAUUAGCGAAAUUACAAGUAAGAGGAUGUAGGCAUUUGUAUAACUGGAGAAACCACCUAAAAUGACUGUAUGGAGUAAGACGAAAGGAAUGAUUACAUCUGGAAGAAAUUUUACUCAGUGUGAUAUUUUUGCCCACUUUUUUGUCACAAUAGACUGCUAAGGAAGAGACGAUACAGUUUUCUAGAGGAAGAAAGAGUGUAAUGUGAAAAUGGAGAUCACAGUUUCUGAAAUACAAGUAGAAAGUAAGGAUGAGACGAGAUCAGCAGAAGUUAGACCUCAGGAUGAGAGGCAGGAGGAAAAAGCAUCGAUGCUCUGCUUCAAGAGAAGAAAAAAAGCAGCCAAAGCAAUGAAGGCUGAAGCCAGCUCUAAAGCUGCUGAUGCAGCAAGGAAGUGUCCCCCAGAAGCAGGAGCUUCUGAUCAGCCACAGCACCCGGGGGGGGCCUGGGCCUCAAUCAAACGCCUUGUAACACGCAGGAAAAGGUCAGAGUCUUCAAAGCAGCAAAAGCCCUUUGAGGCUAAACUGCAAUCUGAAAUCAAUGCUGAGGAUGCUAAUCCUUCUAAGAAAAAGGCAAAAUCCAGAUUCAAGAUUCCCUGCAUAAAAUUCUCAAAAGGAGAGAAAAGAAGUAAUCACUCCAAAAUCAUAGAAGACUCAGACCGCAGUGUCAAAGUCCAAGAGGCUGAAAAUCUGGUUACAAAAACUCUGACCCAAUCAGAUGACCAGGCCACAGAGAGCAAGUCGCCCCAGGAUGUAAGGGAAGAUGUCUCACAGAAAGGGGAUCAUGAGGUCUGUGAAUCAAAUGUGAAUGACAGCAUAACUUCUCCUGGAGAGAAAGUGAUUUCAGUAGAACUUGAGUUAGAUAUGGGUCAUUCUGCUAUUCAAACAGGAACGCUAAUCCUUGAAAAAGAUACUGAAAUGCUUGAGGAAAAACAAAGCAUUCAACCUCAGCAAGUGAGCCCAUUGGAAGCUUCAGAUACAGAACAGGAGCUCCCAGUGGGUUCUGAGGUUCCUCCCUCGCCUGCAGUUCCAGAUCGACAAAUUCUGGAAGAAGCCAGACAUGGUGUCCUAGAAAGUGGACCAGAUUGGAAGGAGCAUGAAAGUAGAGAGAUUGUUGUUGAGGAGAGUAAGCCAAAAGAUACUGAAUUGAGCCAGGAAUCAGAUUUUCAAGAAAAUGAGAUCACUGCAGAAAAACCCAAACCAGAAGAAAGCAAAAGAAUGGAGCCAAUUGCUAUUAUUAUCACAGACACUGAAAUCAGUGAAUUUGAUGUUAAGAAAUCUAAAAAUGUCCCUAAGCCAUUCUUAAUUUCAAUUGAAAAUGAGCAAGUAGGGGUUUUUGCUAAUGACAGUGAUUUUGAGGGUAGAACUUCAGAACAAUAUGAAACACUCUUAAUAGAAACAGCUUCUUCUCUUGUCAAGAAUGCUAUCCAGUUGUCUAUAGAACAGCUUGUUAAUGAAAUGGCCUCUGAUGAUAAUACAAUAAACAAUCGUCUACAGUGACAAUUUCUAGAUCAUGGGAGGGAAAAACAAAAGCUUAAUGGUUAAUUAUUUUACAUAUUUGUGGCAUUUCUUUUUUCAGCAACAAAUGAGAGAUUUAGCAUCUGUGGAAUUUAACCCAACACAAUUGCAACCCAGAAGUGCUAAAGAAUUAAUCAAGUUAUAAAACCCUCCCUACCACUGAAAUGCAGCCACUUCUGGAUUGGAGGAAGUCAGUACAAAUUGCAAUGAAAAGUGACAUCAGGGGAGUUGCUAAAAUGGUUUCUGAAGAUUAGAUUGCUUGGGAGAAGAUACACUUAAUGAGUACUUGCAGUAUGCCAUAAGCUCUUUCAUGUCCUCUGAUGUCACAAAGCCUGGUUUCCUUUUGAUAGUUCAACACUGUGUAUAGGUUAACAUCGCAUUCUGUUUUCAACAACUUUUUUUUUACAGUGCACUUUUAUGUUAUUUGAAAUGAUGAAUAUGGUGAACUGUUUUUGUGACUGUGUGAUUUAUAGUAAGACUACUGCACACUCCUAGGCAGUAGCCUUAUCUGAAAAUAAUACUGCAAACCAAAAAAAAAAAUAUAUAUAUAUAUAGUUUGCUUAAACAUGAGUGGUUUCCUAGUCUUGCUCAAGUUCCUUACAAAAGCCAUUCACAAAUUACUUCAGACAGGCAAAUAAUUACCAAGUGCAAAGAUGUGGAAACAGGGAGUGCAUUUUCCCUCUCCAUCUUUCUUCUACCCCAGAUAGACCUGCGUAAAUCCACUUGUGCAAGAUCACCUACUGAAAACCUAAAAAAAAAAAAAAAAAAAAAAAAGGCAACAACAAAAACAAAAAAUGGAAUAUUAUUUUCCAUCCAGAAAGAUGGAAAGACAAACUUCCAAGUAACAAGUGAUCACAGGUAACACAGGAUUCAUCUUGCAAGGUUAAAUCUCUGGAGACUGUAUUCAUCAAUCUCUCCUCAAAGAGGGGAGAGUGGAUUCAAAGCCAACCUGGCAGUAAAAGUCCUAGAAAACCACAAUCAGUUCAGUUCAGUCGCUCAGUCGUGUCCGACUCUUUGCAACCCCAUGGACUGCAGCACUCCAGGCCUCCCUAUCCAUCACCAACUCCUAGAGCUUACUCAAACUCUUGUCCAUUGAGUCGGUGAUGUCAUCCAACCACCUCAUCCUCUGUCAUCCCCUUCUCCUCCCACCCUCAAUCUUUCCCAGCAUCAGGGUCUUUUCAAAUGAGUCAGCUCUUCGCAUCAGGUGGCCAAAGUAUUGGAGUUUCAGCUUCAACAUCAGUCCUUCCAAUGAAUAUUCAGGACUGAUUUCCUCUAGGAUGGACUGGUUGGAUUGUGAUUUAUUAGGAAAUCACAAUAAUUUAAUGAAAAUAUUAUUCAUUCUUGCUCAAGAAUAAGCCAAAUACAUAGCUGAAUAGAAAGUGAAAAGUUACUACUAAAGUACAUUAUAUUUUAAA